UCGAAAUUUUGCUUCACUUGGAAUCCAUUUUCUCUCCCCUCUGCUGAAAGUUCGUCAAUGGAGAACUUCAAAUCCCUAAAAAUCGACCGGAGCAGUCCCAAUUCCCCAGUUUUCAACCUGUACCUCAACCGCCCCGCCCGUAUGAACGCCCUCUCCGAUGACUUCUUCACCGAAUUUCCCAAAGCUCUCGCCGCCCUAGAUCAGAGCCCGGACGUCAGCGUAAUCGUCCUCUCCGGCGCCGGCGCCAACUUCUGCUCCGGAAUCGACAUCAGCACCCUCGGUUCCUUCACCGCUGGCGCCUCCGCCGACCGCGGCCGCGCCGGGGAGAAGCUCCGGCGGGAUAUCAAGUUCCUCCAGGACUCGUUCACGGCAAUCGAGCGAUGCCGGAAGCCGGUGAUCGCAGGCAUCCAUGGAGCGUGCGUUGGCGCGGGGAUCGACAUCAUUACCGCCUGUGAUGUCAGGUACUGCACGAGCGACGCGUUUUUCUCGGUGAAGGAGGUGGAUAUGGCGAUCACGGCUGAUUUGGGGACUUUGCAGAGGCUGCCGGCGAUUGUUGGGUACGGGAAUGCAAUGGAGCUGGCUUUGACUGCACGGAGGUUCUCUGGGUUGGAGGCCAAGGAGAUAAGGCUUGUUUCGAGGGUUUUUGGAUCUAAGCAGGAGAUGGACGAAGGCGUCAGAAUCGUUGCUGAGGGAAUUGCUUCCAAGCCUCCCCUGGCGGUAAUUGGGACUAAAGCAGUGCUGAUGCGGACUAGGGACUUGAAUCUGGAACAAGGUUUGGACUAUGUGGCAACUUGGAACUCUUCAAUGCUUAUCUCCGAUGACUUAGCAGAGGCCGUCACUGCCUUCAAAAUGAAGAGGAAACCCGUUUUUGCCAAGCUUUGAUGCCACUUUUCAUGUCAAUCUCAGAGCAGAACUUGCUUCUAUUGGAAGUUUAUGUACUCGAUCCUUCAGGUACGGGGAAGACAUUUGCUAUGAGCUUAGUAAGUGCCUGGAAAAGCCCUUCUUCCUUUCCGAUAAUAAACAGGGGCAGUGGCCGGAAGUGCCUGGAGAAGCCCUUCUUCCUUUCCGAUAAUAACAGGGGCAGUGGCUGGAAGUGCCGGGAGAAGCCCCUUGUGGCACUUUGUACACUAAAUAGUGUAAUUGUAUUAUCUGAGAAUUCUUGGGAACGUCUAUGCAAUUACUGGAAGGCAGAAAAGAACAAA